AGACUAGCAAGAGGGAACAACACCAAUUCCAGUUCAACUGCAGAGAAAAGGGAAGAACAGUGACUCCGUAGGACUUGCAUCCAAGUUAGCUAUGUCAGGGGGUCAUUUCCACAGUGUCCUGGUGACAGGAGCCAAUCGGGGCAUCGGGCUGGAACUGGUGAAGCAGUUCCUGGGACAACCUGAGCCUCCACAAUGGGUCUUUGCCACAUGCAGGGAUGCACAUGGCGUCUCAUUUCAGGAACUGCGCUUGCUGGCUUCCAGACAUUCCAGCCUUGUGAUCCUGCAGCUCGAAUCCACAGACGAGGAAAGCAUCAGGGCUGCCGCGAAGGAAGCAGAGGUCCAAUUGGCAGGAAGCGGACUCAAUCUGCUGAUCAACAAUGCUGCCAUCAUGCCACCAAGCACCCUGGAGUCAGUAACCCAAGAAGAUAUGCUGAGUGUCUACCAUAUCAACACUGUAGGACCAAUGCUGGUAACGAAGGCGUUUCUGCCCUUGCUGAAGGCAGCUGCGGAAAGGAGGAAGGGGACAGGGCUGAGCUGCAGCAGGGCUGCCGUUAUCAACGUUUCCACCAUUGGUAGCUCCAUUGGGAACCCCCCCAGCAUGGCCAUCUUUCCAGUUGUCUCUUACCGCUGCAGCAAGACGGCGCUGAAUAUGCUCACGCGGUGCCAGGCACUGGAGUACAAGGACAACGGCAUCCUGUGCGCUGCAAUCCACCCGGGCUGGGUGAAAACAGAUCUGGGAACAGACAAGGCAGAGCUGGCAGUGGAAGAAAGUGUGUGUGGGAUCAUUGAAGUGCUUUGCAGCCUCUCUGAAGAGCAAAACGGUCGAGUGGUGGAUUGGCUGGGAAGGCCUGUACCUUGGUGAAGCUAGGGGCUUUCAUGGCGACAUUGCCUGAAAGAACAGCGGUUGGGUCUCCCUUUGCAGGCAAGAGGGGCUGGAGGCAAACUCUGUUCUGGGUGGGUAAGUGUUUUUAAUUGUUGUAAACCGCCCAGAGAGCUUCGGCUAUGGGGCGGUAUACAAAUAAAUAAAUAAACUCUAGCUGCCAUGGAAACAAAUCACACGUACUUCAUAACCUGCCCUGGCCCUCCAUCAGUCCUUCCUAGCCAUAUACAUGCACCAGAGACUGAAACACAUUGCAUAGUUAGACAGUAGGGAUAAAGAACCCAGGGAGUGGCUGUAGCUCAGUGGUAGAGCACCUGCUUUGCAUGCAGAAGGCCCCAGUUUCAUUCCCUAAUUUCUCCAGGCAAGGAUAGGGAAAACUACCCAUCUGAAAUCCUAAAGAGUCACUGUCAGUAUAACACUGAGCCAGAUGAACCAAUGGUCUGAUGCACUAUAAAGGCAGUUCCUUAAGUUCCUAUGUACUGAAACUAACAAUUCCAGUCUCUGUAAAUAAGUUACUUGCAGUUGCUUGCUGUGCUCAGAAGUAGUGUCAGUCUUUCAGUGGGAAUCACUAUAGAAUAUUGGGAAGAGCCACAGACAGCACCUAUUUCCAUAGAAAGUGAAUGAAUCAUCUUUGGGAGUACUAACUGCGAGAGAAGGAAAAUUAGUCUCUUCUGAAUCAGCAGUUACCCACUGCCCAUUGAUAACAACCACAGACAGAUUCACCAAUCACAAAAGACACAUCGCUCCUUGUACACAAAGAUCAGGAGGGAUUUUAUUAGCUAAAAUACCAAAUGCAAAAAUCAAAAGUGUGAGUAGAAAAAUAAAUGAUAUGAGCAGUCGUGUGCUCCCUGCCUUACAAAGAUUUGUUCACAUUUGCCACGGCAGUUAGUGAAAAACAAUGACUCAGAAAGAGCCUUGAUAUAGCAAAGUUGGAUACUCGCCAUGAAAUUGGGCUCAUGGUUGCAGUUCUUGAAAAGAGCUCAUGGAAGAGAAGGUGUUCCUUCAAAGCACCUUACCCUGUGGCAGAGUUCAUAAAAACAGUAAACGGCAUUGAUGCAUUCACCUAUCUAUCCCCGUUUAGGCUCUGCUGUCAUUCAACAGGUUUAACAUUUAGU